CGAGCGGUCUCCUCCCAUUCUCAAGGGACACCUGGAGACCAGCACCGUGUGGCACUCCAAUGGGCACCCUCCCGGUAUUUGCUCCAGACUGCUAUGCCCCUCUGCCCCAUUUCUACCCCAUGAGAUUGACCUGAUCCGUGUUUUGGCUAGCUCAGCACUGGGGCCUCUGGGAGGAGCCCUAAGGCAAUGGUGGAAGAUGGCAGUGGUAGAGGCCACCCUGACUGACCCCAGGGAACAGCCCCCGGGCUCUCCCUGUUCCAGCUCUGAGGUGCCUUCCCGGACAGCAGACCCAGACCUCCAAGACAUAGAGGAAGUGAAGAUCACCAGAGACACCUGGCUUGACUCUGAGUGGGAGUCUGAGAAAACUCCAGCCUCUCGCAACUCCUGCAGUCGUGGAGAUGGGUUGGCCUCAGAUGGAAGGGCACUGAGGGGCCUCCAGAAGAGCCUUCCCGGCAUGUCUAAGUGUGGAGACAGCGUUAGCCAGGAAUGUACCUUGGAGCAGCCAGCAGGCUUGCCUCCAGGAGCCAUGCCCUGCUCUCAGAAAAGAGACACUUGGCACAUGGCACUUGCCCCAGGGACAGAGGGUAGCGCCAAGAAGACUGCUGAACUAGGCAGUAGUUUAGGUCGAGACUGCCAGCAGAGGGACCCACAGGGCAUCAAGGCACACCCCUGUGAGGCCUGUGAUAAGAGCUUCAAGUACAACUCUCUUCUGCUAAAGCCCCAGCGCAGCCAUAAGGGGAAGCCCUACGCCUGCCACAAGUGCCGCAAGGACUUCGGGAGCUGGUGGGGCUUCGUGCAGCACCUCCGCAUCCACACAGGCGAGAAGCCCUAUGAGUGGGGUCAGUGCGGCCUGCACUUCACAGAGCACUUGCGCAUUCACAAUGGCGAGAAACCCUACAAGUGUGGCGAAUGUGGUCACGCCUUCAGCCAGAGCUUCAACCUGGUGCGCAACCAGCGGCUGCACACUAGGGAAAAGCCGUAUGUCUGCAGCCAGUAUGUCUGCGGCAAGGCCUUCAUCUGGGGCUCGGUGCUCAUCGAAAACCAGCUCAUUCACACCGGCGAGAAGCCCUACAGGUGUGAAGUGGGCAAGGCCUUCCGAGGACAGUCGCACUUACGGACCCACACGGGUGAGAAGCCCUUCACCUGCGACACCUGUGGCAAAGCUUCUGGCCAGAGCUAUCAGCUCAUCCAGCACCGGAGGGUGCACUACCACGAGUAGCGCUCACCCCAAUAAACUGGGUAAACCUGCUCCUACCGAAUGAGAUGGGUAUGCUUUAUAGGGACCCGGCAGGACAUGUCCUGUGUCCAGGUGUGAUGGCCAAAGAAAUUCCAUUUCCUGGUAGGUAUUCAGCUUGGAACCCACUAGCCACUUCUCUGUGACUCCCGCUCCUGGAAGAUCCCAGUAACCCUGACUCAGUCACUCCCACUCAGAAAUGUACAGCCAGGACCAUCUACUUGUUAUGACUUCUUUGGCUUCUGUAACUUGCAUAUGCAGAUAUUCAGGCCUAUUUUGAGGUCGCCCCUGACUACCUAACCUUGGCAGAGCAGCACAGCUCCUGGCUUGCUUGUGCAGACACUCAGUGUGGGUUUCCUCAUUACAAAUCCUUCCGCCCCCUUGCACAGCAGUCUCUAGUUUGGCUCAGAGACUAGUGUCCUUCUAGCGGUUUCAAUAAAUUUAAC